CUCCUCAGAGCACGGGGGAGAGUCGUGGCGGUGCCUCUGCUGGCUGUGCCCGCUCAGUGGCGUUUAUGACCGGCCUCGGCUCGGCUCUCGGGAAGCCCUCGUUUCUUUUGCUGCGAGAGGAGGGCGGAGGGGAGCAUGGCGGCCUCGGCGUCGGAAAAAAGCGGCAAGAAGAAAACGGAGAAGAAACUCGCCGCUCGGGAAGAAGCCAAAUUAUUGGCCAGCUUUAUGGGGGUCAUGAACACCAUGAGGAAACAAAAAACUCUCUGUGAUGUCAUUCUUAUGGUCCAGGAAAGGAAGAUUCCAGCUCAUCGCGUUGUCCUUGCAUCUGCCAGCCACUUCUUCAACUUGAUGUUUACAACAAAUAUGAUUGAAUCAAAGUCAUUUGAAGUGGAACUAAAAGAUGCAGAGCCAGAUAUUAUCGAGCAGCUUGUGGAGUUUGCCUACACUGCAAGAAUUUCAGUAAACAGCAACAAUGUCCAGUCAUUGCUAGAUGCAGCAAAUCAAUACCAAAUUGAGCCUGUGAAAAAAAUGUGUGUGGAUUUUUUAAAAGAGCAAGUUGAUGCUUCAAAUUGUCUUGGUAUAAGUGUUUUAGCAGAAUGUCUCGAUUGCCCAGAAUUGAAAGCCACUGCAGAUGACUUUAUCCAUCAGCACUUCACUGAAGUUUACAAGACAGAUGAGUUUCUGCAGCUAGAUGUUAAACGUGUGACACACCUCCUGAACCAAGAUACUCUCACUGUAAGAGCAGAAGAUCAGGUUUAUGAUGCUGCAGUCAGAUGGCUGAAAUACGACGAGCCAAACCGCCAGCCAUACAUGGUUGACAUCCUUGCUAAAGUCAGGUUUCCUUUAAUUUCAAAGAACUUCCUCAGUAAAACUGUACAGGCUGAACCACUUAUUCAGGAUAAUCCUGAGUGCCUUAAAAUGGUUAUCAGUGGAAUGAGAUACCAUCUGCUUUCUCCAGAAGACAGAGAAGAGCUAGUAGAUGGCACUCGCCCACGAAGAAAAAAACACGAUUACCGCAUUGCCUUGUUUGGAGGAUCACAGCCACAGUCGUGUCGAUAUUUUAACCCAAAGGAUUACAGCUGGACAGACAUCCGUUGUCCCUUUGAGAAGCGGAGGGAUGCAGCUUGUGUCUUUUGGGACAAUGUAGUUUAUAUUUUGGGUGGUUCCCAGCUUUUUCCUAUAAAGCGAAUGGACUGCUACAAUGUUGUGAAAGACAGCUGGUAUUCCAAACUGGGGCCUCCAACACCUCGUGAUAGCCUUGCAGCAUGUGCAGCAGAAGGAAAAAUUUAUACAUCAGGGGGUUCAGAAGUAGGAAAUUCUGCUUUAUAUUUAUUUGAAUGUUAUGAUACAAGAACUGAAAGCUGGCAUACAAAGCCCAGCAUGCUGACUCAGCGGUGCAGUCAUGGGAUGGUAGAAGCAAAUGGUCUGAUUUAUGUAUGUGGAGGAAGUUUGGGAAACAAUGUUUCUGGAAGAGUCUUGAAUUCCUGUGAAGUUUAUGAUCCAGCAACAGAAACAUGGACAGAGCUCUGUCCAAUGCUUGAAGCUCGAAAGAAUCAUGGACUGGUAUUUGUGAAAGACAAAAUAUUUGCUGUGGGGGGACAAAAUGGCUUAGGUGGCCUGGACAAUGUAGAGUAUUAUGACAUUAAAAUGAAUGAGUGGAAGAUGGUAUCUCCCAUGCCAUGGAAAGGUGUAACAGUGAAAUGUGCUGCUGUGGGUUCAGUCGUCUAUGUCUUAGCUGGAUUUCAGGGUGUAGGUCGAUUAGGACACAUCCUUGAAUAUAACACUGAAACAGAUAAGUGGAUAGCCAACUCCAAAGUCCGUGCUUUCCCAGUGACCAGCUGUUUAAUCUGCGUAGUUGAUACUUGUGGAGCAAAUGAGGAAACAUUAGAAACAUGAAGACUUCAGGGAAAUAAUAAGGUGCUCCUGGAUGACGCUUCUGCUUUUUCAGUUGUCAGAGUGAAUACUAUGGAAAAGCCAAGAUGCCAUUUUAUCAUCAUUAUGUAUAUAAUGUGAAGUUGCUUGUGAAAGUUUUAUUUUUUAUUUGUAGAAGUUUUUAUUUUUCCCUUUUGAAGAUUGGAAGUAUUUCUGCCAACCUGGAAUGAAGACACAUGACAGCAGUUUUUUAAAGAUGCAUUUGUGCAGUAUUGCCAAAAAACAAAGAAACUCAGCCCUGCCUAAAUAUAUUGUGAAAUAUUUGCAGAAAAAUGGUGAGAUUAUUCAUGUAGCAAAAGUGAGUGAAACAAAGUGUGAACUUGCUGUUCUUCAGAAAAAUGUGCUGUAUUACUGUUAUGCAGCUUCUUCAUAAGACUAGAGGUAUGUAUCCCAGUGUCCAAAUGAAAAAGCUGUUGAACAAAAUACUUUAACAACUUCAUAGUGUUUGUGUCUGGACUGAGUUGGCUCAGAUAACUAAGGGCAUAUGUUCCUUGGUUUGGUGCUUUAUCACACAACUGUAAUCAUACCUAGCAAUAGGAAGAUACUUUUCUUCCCAGACUUUCCUAUACUGACAACAGGAUGCCAGCUAUGUGAACAGUAUACUCCAUGCUCUGCUAUCUCAUGUCAAUUAUGUGCGUAAUAGAAGUCUGUCAUUAAAUGCAUGCUUUAGGAGUCAGAUGUUCUCCCUCCCCCCCCCCCCCAUAAACAUACCAGUUCCCUAAAAUAAGCAUUGGGCCCAUGAAACCACGUAUUGCACUUUCCCUCACACUUCCUCAUGAGCUGUUAUUUCCAUUUGGGACACCAAAGGGCAUGGGAGCUGCUUUGCAGUUCCUAGAUGUCCUCUAGAGGGCAACAGGCAAUUACAUAUGAGAACAUAAUUGUAUAGUUGGGGUAAAAACUAAACCUUUUCCUGUCAAAACCAGUUUCUGGGAGAGGGAGAGAACUUAAUUGCCCUGACAUUAUUAUUAAUUGCAGUCCUUUUUUCCUCUUAGAAAUUAAUGUGGACCAGGCAUCCCUUUUUGGCGUAUCUAUUCUGGUUUAGUUUCUUGGUUAUAUCAGAGUAUGUAAAAAAUGGAAUCUAGGAAGUGGCUUGUAUCUAAAUAUCAAUUUCUUCCAAUUGCUUGUUUGCCUUGGGGUAGAACAAAAUACAUUCACAUUCCUUAUAUCUCUGUUGUACUAUUGCACCUGCAGUUUCAGAAAUUCUAAAAUGAUAUGGAUAGUAAAAAGAAUAUAAGCUUGCAUGUGAGGAGUUAAAUAGCUUUUCAUAUGUAUAACACGUUAGAAGGCAUAAAAUACACUGUUUCACCCAUCAACUUUUUUCUUCAAAAUUAUAACUUGCCAAGAGUUCCAAGACAUCCCCUAUACCUUUCUUGGUUAAAACAGAUUAUAAUGUUUAAAUUUUGCUUCAAUGUACUUCUUAUUACCAUCUUUUAGAAAUCCUGUCAUUAGAAGUUUCAAUCUAUACUAAACAACUAUGUAUAUGUCUGUGUAAGGGUGUACAUGUCUGACCUUUUAAGGACUGUUAUUAAUUUUAUAGUAUGGGAUUAUUAAACCAAUUCUGAAGCACAUUUUUCUAAUUGAACAGAUUUACCAAGAGUGGAAUAAUUGGCAAAUCAACAUGAAGAAAAGUAAAGCUCACCUUUUUGUAUGCAAAUAGUUUCAGUCUUUCUUUAAAAAAAUUAAGCUGUUUCAGGUGGCAUUCAAUUUUUAGAUCCUUUUCAAAAAUUAAUCCAAAAAUAUACAAUCUAGUAUGAAAAUGGUUUUUCAUUAUUUUCCUUGGUUCAAGACUUUUCCAUUUUACAUAUCUAGCUAAUAUGUAAAAUCACAUUUUAUUGUUGAUUCUUAGUAUAUGAAAACUAGUGUGCAAAAAGUUUUCUUAGACUGUUUUGUGUAUUGGAAAAUGUAUGGAUAAUUCUUGAUUACUGAGUUCUUGGUUCAGUAUUAGCAGAUUUUGGAAAGUGAAGCAAAUACCUCAGUGAGGCUUGUGGGUCAGUAAACUUUUAAUUAAAUAUAUGUUUUUCUUA